AUGGUUCUCUACCCCGGCGAGGUCUCUGCACUCUCAUCAUCCUCCGUACAGUCGCAAUCGUCGCUCAGUAGCAGCUCCUCCUCGCAAGCCGUCGCCGCAAGCAAGGCAACUUGCUCGAGUAAGGAUGCCAAGAAGCCCAAGAACACGCAAGUCGCCGCCAGUUCGCCCGACGAGGAUGGAGAAUCGCGAGUCAUCGAGGUCGUCGUAGUUGUAGUGGACGAGAACACCACCUCGACGGUGGGCACCAUCUCCCCUCCGACGUCCACCCCCUCCUCAGCCUCCUCUGCUGCCUCGACAGCAAAUCCCGCUGUAUCCUCGUCAGAAUCGACCAAGGACCGCUGCGCCGUGCAAUACAAGGUGAAUGACGCCCUCGAGGCCAAGAACCGCGCCCUCAUUCGAGGCCAUCAGCGCAAGCUGCAAAGUCUCAAGGGCGCGGCGUCACACAUCAAGGUCGCCGCACAGACGCCUGUCGAGGUGCCCGUGUACUUCAAUGUCAUCAACGAUGAUGGGAAGGGGGACGUCAGCGACGCCAUGAUUGCAAAGCAGCUCCAGGUCAUCAAUCAGGACUAUUCUCCCUGGGGCUUCGAAUUCAAGCUAGCCAACACAAGCCGCGUAAGCAACGCCGAUUGGUACCAGAACGCGGGCGCGGACAGUGAGCUCGGCGAUGAGAUGAAGACGUCACUUCGUCAAGGCGGUGCCAACGCCCUCAAUCUCUACACGCUCGAUUUCGGUGACGGGACGUUGGGCUACUCGACCUUCCCAUGGGACUACCAGAACGACCCUGGCGUCGAUGGCGUCGUCUUCCAAUACAACACCCUCCCUGGCGGCUCGCUCAAGAACUACAAUGGCGGCCGCACCCUGACUCAUGAGGUCGGGCACUGGCUCGGUCUCCUCCACACCUUUCAAGGAGGUUGCGCUUCUCCAGGAGACUACGUAGACGACACUGCGCCGCAGAAGAGCCCUACCAACGGCUGUCCAUCCUCGCGUGACUCGUGCUCAGGCGAUAAUCUCCCGGAUCCUAUCCACAACUACAUGGACUACUCGUACGACUCGUGCAUGGACUACUUCUCUGACGGGCAGGGAGCGAGGAUGCAGGCCCUGUCGGGGCAGUAUCGCUUCAAGUCGUCAUCGUCAUCAUCGUGA